AUGAAGGAGAAAAAAAAUCAAUUGAAAGAACAGGUGUAUAGAGCUAAAUUACGAAUUCGAUUGGGUAAUGAACGGAAGAAAUUCUUCAGAAAUUCACUUCCCAUUCUUGAUUAUAUAUUCAUGAUGAUUGAUGGACUUACGCUUGAUGGUGAACCACCAUAUGAACAAAUUCAGUAUAUGUUUGAAAAAUUAAUGCUUGAAAUGAAUGUAAAAUGGGAUGAUAUCUAUGAUUGGGAAGAGACUGGUGUGAAAUCCAAGCAAACGACAUCCAUGGAUGGAAUUACAUCAACAUCAGCUGCCAAUGCCACUUAUUCCAGGUGUCCACCAACACAACUUCAGAUCGCAACGAAAACACCAACAGCAUCCACGGAAUCAUCAUCACCAUUGGCGAAUGUUCAGAUCGAAUAAAUCACGCAAAAUUCUAUUCAUUCAUGUGAAUUGAUGAAUAUUUAACAAUAAUAUUCACAUUUUUAUCAAC